AUGUCAGUCGUUACUUCAGAGAUAUCCUAUCAACCUUCUUCAUCAAUGGAUAUAGAUUUCUUAGGAGAAUCAUUAUAUCGAAGCAAUGAAGAUAAUUUGCCCCUAAAUGAUCAUAUCAAAAAUUUAAAAGUUAAAACAAUUUAUAAUACCAUUACCAAGACAAAGACAAAGACAAAUGAUAAACGACAAGUACUAAAAUUGUUAAGUGAUUUAGCUCGAUCUACUGAUGGACUUAUUAAUAAUGAAUUAAGAUGCAAAAUAUGGCCAAUCUUAUUAGGUAUAGAAGAUGAUAACAACAACAACAACAACAUCGGUUCGACGGAUGUUGCAUCCCAAAGUGACAAGGUCCCUACGACUUCAAUACUUUCAAAUAACAAAUAUUCUACUGAUUUAUUUUUACAAGAUUUACAAUGUGUUGAAUUACCACCUCAUAAAGAUGAAGAUCAAGUGAAAUUAGAUAUUCAAAGAUCAAUAACAAUUUUAAAUCAUAUUCAAUCAUUACUGUAUUCAGGUUCAUCUUCUUAUACAACAAUUUUAACAACAAAUGAAAUUGAUCAUUUAAAGGGGAAAUUAUCAAAUUUAAUAAUAAAAUUAUUACGGAAAUAUCCUAGUUUAAAUUAUUAUCAAGGAUUCCAUGAUAUUGCCAGUAUUAUUUUAUUAGUAUGUUAUAUUCCUAAUGAUAAACUGGAUGAUUAUAAUAUCAAUGGUACGAGUUAUAUCAGCAAUAACAACAACAACAACAACAACAACAGUAGUAGUAGUAAUACAAUCAACGGAUCCAAUAAUACAUAUGAAGACUCCAAUGAUUAUCAAAUUGAUGAAGAAUUGGCAUUUAAAAUGUUGGAAAAUUUAGCAAUUUAUCAUUUACGAGAUUAUUUAAUUAGUGAUAUUAAUUUAUCGAUCAACCAUUUACGAUUAAUCCCCACAAUUUUAGAAAUUGUUGAUAAUCAAUUAUUUCAAUUAAUCAAACAAACUUCAAAUUCAUUUAUUCAAUCACAAGGAUUAAAUUAUGAUUAUAAAUUUUAUCAAGCAUUAUCAUCAAUUUUAACGAUAUAUUCACAUGAUUUAACUAAUUUAUCACAAAUAUUAACAUUAUGGGAUUUCAGUAUAAGUUAUAAUUCAGUGUUAAUCAAUAUGUAUAUUUAUGUGGCCAGUCUAAUAACUUUUAAAUCCAAAAUUUGGCAAACAUUGAAUAUACUGAAUACUGAGGAUGUUGAUUUUAGUGGUAUUGAUCCCGAUAUAGUUCAUAGCACUAUAUCAUCAAGUAAUUUAUUUGAUGGAUUAACUGAUUCUCAAUUAGUCACUAUACUAAAUAAAUCAAAAGAAUUACUUGAAAUGUUCCCCAUAGAUGAAUUGACUAAUAAUGAAACUACUUGGAAUAAAUGGUUUAAACAAUAUAAUGUUGAUUCAGUAUUGUGUAAUACAUCGAAAUUAGUUGAGGAAGAUGAAGAUUUGAGAUUACAUAAAUUCAAUCAAUAUAGAUAUUUAACAUCACAAAAGCAAGAAACAGAAACAGAAACAGAAACAGAAACAGAAGAUGUUAAUGAAUUACUGAUUCUAAUAGCGAGACAAGAUGAACAAAUAUCAAGACAAAUAAAUGAUGAACUGAUAGAAGAAGAAAGAAUUUUUCAACAACUACUAGCGAAACAAGAAGAAGAGGAAGAAUUAUCACAAUCAAUACAAUCAAUACAAUAUGACGAUGAUGAUGAAGAAUUGCCUUCCUCCUCCUCCAGUGAAAAUCUGCUAUCAUCAUCAUUAACAUUAGCCAAUUCAAUUACAUCUUCAUCAAUUCAUAGAAUUAAAUCAACUUUAUUAUUCAGAAAAUUCUUCCAUAAUAAUGAAGUGAGUGGUACAACUGAAGAAGCUCAAGGGGUUAACCAUUCCACCACUACUAACACAGAUAAUAACGACAAUGAUGAGAAAGUUAUUAGAGAUAAGAAUUGGGUUUUAUCAUUAUUAUUAAAUAAUAAUAGUAAUAUUUAUAAAAUUAGUAUUACCAUUGGAUUCAUUGGUGUCAUUUUACAUUUUCUUCUCAUCAAAUCGAAUAACAAUAAUAAUAAUACUGGUAGUAAUUUUUUAACAACAAUGAUAAUUAAUCCAUUAAAACAAUUUUUACAAUAUGAACCAUUAUUUACAUUGAGUACAAUUGGUACAACAUUCAUUAAUGAUUUAGAAGAAAGUUUUAAUGGAUUAAUAGAAUCUUCCAGUAUUCCAAAUAUGGGGAAUUUUUUGGGAAAUAUUGGUAUUGGAAAUAUUAGAAAUACAAUUUAUGGAUUUAAUUGA